CUAAAUCAAACUCGGUUUUACCAAAAGAAGUACAUUUACCAACCGUCCGACUGACCUUGAUUUAUAUUUCUCACUCCUUUUACUCAUGAAAUUUCAAAAAAGAAAUACCACUACACCACUUAAAAAAAAAAUUUAAAAAGAUACAUUUUAACUCUCUUCAUUUCUGUGUUCAUAUGUUUACCCAAGACGUAAAAUUUGAAUUCUGGGUAAUUCACCUUAUAAUUUGCAAUAAACUGUAAUAUUAAAGCAUUAAUAUUAUCUUUAACAGGCUUCUAUGAGACCAUAGGUUUAACCAAUGCAGAAACAUUUCUGCAACCCUUGGCAAAAGAAUAGUUUUCCUUUAGAAAUUAGUUUGGCAUGCAGACAUAAUAAUAAUAAUAAUAUUAAUAAUAACGGCAUUUAGGUUAAAAUAUCUUUACAGAUUUUGAAAUUUCUAACAUUUUGGGAAUGAUAUGCUUUCAUAAAAUAUUAAGCUCUUUUGAGGAAAACUGCAAGUGGUGAUGUAAAGCAUACUUUGUAUUUUUUAUUUCUGGUAACAGUAAUUUCUUUAGGCUUUUAGUAUGCAUAAUGUUCAAUGUUUUCUUCAGUGAGAUAACUGAAAAAUUUUAACUAUGUAGAGUAGACCUUCUCUCUCUUACGGUUGUAAACAGAGAACAUCUUCUUUACACUUGAGUGGGCACGGUAAGUCCCAACAGAUACUACUUUUCCCCCAAAUAUUCCCAACUGAGCAUCCUUGGUAUUUGUAUAUGUGUGAAGAGAGACUGAUUUAGGUGGUUUGGGGUGCUUUACCCAAAUCUUAUAUCUUGGAAAAGUCUAGGCUCUGUGUAAUUCAGCCUAUAUCAGAAAGUUGUGGAAGCAGCUCUUGCCUUCGCUCUUGUCAUCUGUGCUGGAAUGAAAAGUGGAUGUGUGCAUGUGUGGGCGUUUGGGGGGGCGCUAUUCACAGAAGUAGGGAGUAGGACAGCUGUACGUGUCUUUUUCCUUUAGCGGAGAGCUAGUUUCACAACACCUAAUGGUGUUUACAUUUUGAUUGAACUUUUGUAAUAACCAGAGACCACUCAAAAUGUACAUUAUGCAGCUCUCAAAAGCAAGUAGCCCUGGCAUUAUAAAUACUGCAGUCUGGAACUGUGGAAAUAAAUCUGGGGUAAUAAGCUUCCUCCCGGAGGGGCCAACUUGUAUAUUCUUCAAAAAUACUACAUUAUUUCUUCUUCAUAAAGUUAACUAGCUCCUGAGCUGACAUUUGAGUAUUACUCUGAAGAAAUUUUAUGAAAAAUCAAAUGCUUUUAACAGGUAUAAUAUGUUAUGUAUUAACAUAAGGAAAGCUUUUAAGGACCUGAGUAACUAGAACCCAUAAUAAAAGAAUCUUACAUUGCAGUUGGACAUGCAUAUAUGGUGGGCUAUGCUGGUGAUUUAGGUUGAAGUUAAAUAGUUUUGUCUAUAAGUACAGUUUGGAUGACACAUUUGGCACACAGUUGAAUCACACUUGUUUUAUCUUCCUACACUGUGCUUUUAGUGAACUUUGUAAAAUUCUGUUUGUAAGCCCUUAAGCCUUCGUCUUUUGCAAUCUUACUUUCAUUAUCUCUCUCCUUUUUUUUUUUCAUUUUAUUGCUUUGCAGCAAAUUAAUAUCUAAAAAUGUUUCAGAUAUCCUAGUGUUUGCAGGGAAAUAGUUUUACUAGAGCCUUCUGUCCCACUUCACUGCCAACUCAUUAAAGAGAAGGGAUUAAUGCAGUAGGAAUUGCUACUUUGACACACCUCCUGUUCCUUAUUUCUCAGAACCCAAAAGCUAAUAGACUGGAGUAAGCCUCAACUUUUUGGAAACCUGCAACUUUUACUACUUGAAAAUAUAAUUGGUUUCUUUGUUUCGUGCAUGAAAAACAAGGAGGAAAAGCUGAAGGCUGCCCAAGCCAGGUGUUUCUUGUUGGCAGCCUGCUGCCUAAUGACUGGGCUCCCAAAGAGCAGCUGCCUACCAGUCGGCUUUGUCUGGCCUAUUGUUGGAGCACACCCCUCGUUAAUACACAUGCUGCCCCGGGCAGACCCCGAGAAUGACAUCAACUUGCUUAUCUUAGAGACCUGCGAACCUGACCCCGGGUGCUGAGGUUGGCUUGCAUCUGCCCGGCCAACUAAUUGUGAGCUCUCUGGCCUGUGAUUGGCUGUUACUCUACUCGGUAAUAGGUUAAGCAAAGACAUUGCCAUUCCAUCUGUUCAACCAUUCAUUGUUCUUCUUGCCUGCCUGCAAGUCUGCAGCUAAAACUGUGUUAAGGAGCUACUGCUGAAGCUGCUGCAGAAACCAAUGUCUUUGUAUUUUCCUGCUAACGAAUACGGGGUGCUUUGCAUUCAGGAAUAUAGAAAAAAUAGCAAAGUGGAGUCAAGUACACAUAACAGCUUCAUGGGCUUGAAGGAUCCUCUGGGGCAUGACCUAGGCCACCUUUAUGUGGAGAGCACUGACCCACAUUUAAGUACAUCUGUACCUUGGUCAAUGGUAGAGAAGCCAACAAUGGAUAAAGUCAAUUCCGGGAAGGAAGAAAAAGAGGUGUCUGAAGAGAAUACGAGCUCUGGCGACUCUGAAGAAAGCACACAUUCUGACAAUGAGUCCGAACAAUUGAGAAGCGUUUCAGUAGAGCCAUGCUUAUUAACCAAGACUCACAGACAACUGUGUAGGUCUCCCUGCUUAGAGCCUCACAUACUCAAACGCGGUGACAUUUUGCAAGACUUUAAACCUGAGGAGUCCCAGACUACAUCCAAGGAAGUGAAGAAACCCCCUGAUGUGGUGCGAGAAUACCAAACAAAACUGGAGUUUGCACUGAAGCUAGGCUAUUCUGAGGAACAGGUUCAGCUUGUGCUAAAUAAACUCGGUACCGAUGCUUUAAUCAACGACAUUCUGGGAGAACUCGUCAAGCUUGGAAAUAAAAGCGAGACUGAACAAACAGUGAGUACGAUUACCAGCGUGACGCGGGACACAUCCUCCCUGGAGUCUCAGCGCUCCGACUCUCCAAUGCAAGAGAUUGUAGCGGACGAUGGGGAGAAUCUCAGACCAGUAGUUAUUGAUGGCAGCAACGUGGCAAUGAGCCAUGGAAACAAAGAAGUGUUUUCCUGCCGGGGAAUAAAAUUGGCAGUGGAUUGGUUUUUGGAAAGAGGCCACAAAGAUGUUACAGUUUUUGUUCCUGCCUGGAGAAAAGAGCAGUCCCGACCCGAUGCUCUCAUCACAGAUCAAGAAAUUCUGCGUAAAUUAGAGAAGGAGAAAAUCCUAGUGUUCACGCCAUCCCGACGAGUGCAGGGGAGGCGGGUGGUGUGCUACGACGACAGGUUCAUCGUGAAGCUGGCUUUUGAGUCGGAUGGGAUCAUUGUGUCCAAUGACAACUACAGGGAUCUGGCCAAUGAGAAACCAGAGUGGAAGAAGUUCAUAGAUGAGCGACUGCUAAUGUACUCAUUUGUCAAUGACAAGUUCAUGCCCCCUGACGACCCUCUCGGCAGACAUGGCCCAAGCCUGGAUAAUUUUCUGAGGAAGAAACCUAUUGUUCCUGAACACAAAAAGCAGCCUUGUCCAUACGGACAGAAUGUCGUAUCUGGUUAUGAAGCCAUGUGGGAAGAGCAUGGCAGGAAGGAGUUGAGGACAUGGGGUGCCCACCCAGACCUCAGGAGGGGACUCGAUCGCUCGGCCGAUGUGUUCGCUGCUCCCUGGAGCCCGGCAGCGGGGCGGCUGAGAGGGGCUCAUCUCCAGAGGGAGGGUCGUACCCCCGCCUCUGCCCUGGCCUCGCCCACAGGAAAGAAGUGUACGUACGGACACAAGUGCAAAUACUACCAUCCCGAGAGGGGCAGCCAGCCGCAGAGGUCGGUGGCCGACGAGCUUCGGGCCAUGUCUCGAAACACAGCGGCCAAGACCUCCAACGAAGGCGGGCUGGUCAAAAGCAACAGCGUUCCCUGCAGCACGAAAGCGGACAGCACUUCAGAUGUCAAGCGGGGUGCUCCCAAGAGGCAGUCGGAUCCGAGCAUACGGACCCAAGUCUACCAGGACCUCGAAGAAAAGCUUCCCACCAAAAACAAACUGGAAACCAGGUCUGUCCCCUCGUUGGUGAGCAUCCCGGCGACUUCCACUGCAAAACCCCAAAGCACUACAUCUCUAAGCAACGGCCUUCCAUCUGGAGUUCAUUUCCCAGCUCAGGAUCAAAGACCACAGGGACAGUACCCUCCAAUGAUGAUGGCAACCAAAAAUCACGGAACGCCAAUGCCUUACGAACAGUACCCCAAAUGCGACUCGCCCGUCGACAUCGGGUAUUACUCCAUGUUGAACGCCUACUCGAAUCUGAGCAUCUCAGGCCCGCGCAGCCCCGAGAGGCGCUUCUCCCUGGACACGGACUACCGCGUCAGCUCCGUGGCCUCCGACUGCAGCAGCGAGGGCAGCAUGAGCUGCGGGAGCAGCGACUCCUACGUGGGCUACAACGACCGCUCGUACGUGAGCUCGCCCGACCCACAGCUGGAAGAGAGCCUGAAGUGUCAGCACGUGCACCCGCACAGCCGCCUUAAUUCCCAGCCCUUCCUGCAGAACUUCCACGACCCCCUAGCUAGAGUGCCAAGCUACAGUCACGAAGAACCAAAGUACCACCCCAAGCCGCCCCUCGCGCACCUGGCCGUGCACCUGCCGCACCCGGCCGCGGGCGCGCGCUCCAGCUGCCCCGGCGACUACCCGUCCCCGCCGGGCGCCGCGCACCCCAAGGCGCCGCGCCUCGGCCGCUCGCUGCUGGCCACCCGGCUGGACAGCGUGUCGGACUCGCGGCUGUACGACGGCUCCCCGUCCCGGCCCAGGAAGCCCUACUCGGGCCCCGACGGCCCGGGCGGCUGGGAGAGGCCGGCGUUCGCGCCCGAGGCGGCCUACGGCUACCGGCACACCUACUCGCUGCCGGACAGCUCCACGCAGCCGGGCUACGAGCCGUUCGCCUUCCAGAGCCUGCCCGAGCGCCCGGAGCCCGCGUGGCGCGGCCCGUACUGCGCGCCGCCGCCCGAGCCGCCCCGGUACCAGGACGACCGCGAGAAGGUCUACGUGAACCUGUGCAACAUCUUCCCGGCCGACCUGGUGCGGACGGUCAUGAAGAGGAACCCGCACGUGACGGACGCCCAGCAGCUGGCCGCCGCCAUCCUCGUGGAGAAGUCCCAGCUGGGCUACUGACGGACGAUGCAUCUUCGUGGUGUGGAGUCGUUCUUUCGUUCAGCUCAAAUGCUGAGGGAGGUUUGCUACAAUAGCACAUGUCAUCUCCUUCGCGGCAAGGAGGUUAAAUAGUAUCCAUUUAUGUGAAAUACUGUAUCAUGGAACCUGUACGUAGAGCCCCACAGCGUGGAAGUAUCACGGGAUUGCUUUACCUUCAAACUUUUUUUUAGACAUUUCCUUUUUAAAAGCUCUCUCCUUGGCUGGAGAUUUUUCCAGUUUGAUUUAUUAGAUGUCUCUGUGAUCUUUGAUAUUAAUCUUUGGUGCAUCAGGGGUUUAUAUGCAGCACUUUUUAUCCUUGUUUCGUGUUUUAUUACCUUGGUGUUUGUCUAUCAAUUGCGAGCAAUUACAAUACUUUCAGAAUGUCGAACAUUUGACUAGACCCUAGCCGACUAUUUUUUCAAGCCAAGCUUAAUUGGAAUCUUUUACAGCUUUUUAAGUUAUUUUUAUUUGGGGAAAGUGGGCUUCUUUGUGCUAUAAUCAUUAUUUAUAGAAACAAAGAUAUACUACAGCACUGACUUUAUAUUUUAAACAAAAUGUAAGUUACCAGUUUAUACGGAAAUGGGUAACAGUCUAUAUUAGAAUGAUUUACAAUAUGGCACUUUUCAUUGUUUUAUUUUUGUUGGGAUUUUUUUUUUUCCUGUUAGGUAAUUUAGUUAAUUUAAUAUGGUUGAUUUAAAGGAAAGCAGAUGCAAUCAAUGGAAAAAAUUGUUUCCAUUUUUUUUUUCCUUAACGAAUAAGGCAAAAGCCGUAACUGUUCCAGUUUAGAGCUUUGUUAUCCAGCUAUGAUGUGCUUCUAGACGGUAGGAAUGGAAUUGAAUUCCUAGAUUCUCAUUAACCUGUAUUUUUAACGUGUUUGUCUUUUUUGUUUCGGGGCACAACAAUACUGGAUAAAAGAACCCUUUCACAGUCCUUGCCUGUUUUUAAUGAAUCUAAUUAUUCUCAAUGCAACUUUUAUAUUUAAUAUACUCUUUAGCUUUCCUGCUAUUUAUCAAGGCUGGCCUGAGGUGGGUUUAUGUGUUGAGGAUAUGCAAAAGUUAUUGAUACUGCACUAUAGGAAUGGUGGUGGAGGCGUUGUCAGUGGUAACUUAAAAUGUUUGUAAGAUACUGUAUAUUUUCCAUUUUCCUGAAGGUAGUUUUUGAGGGGCCUGUUAUAUUAUUAAGGCCAGAUUCUUGCCACAAAUAGUGUAGUUUUAGCUACAGACUAAAGUCUGUUCUAGUAUUAGUAAGGGAUAUUUCUGGUUUCAAAGUCAUGGGUUUUGCUAGAUGCGAAUUCAUUUUUGUCCUCAGAAGACAGACCUUGCAUUGAGUGGCAGACAGUCGUGUGUGCUUCACAUGACCUUGACAGUUGCCUCCAGGCUUUGAAUUUUCCUUCACGUGACAGACCAUCCUGAUCUGUCUCUGUCGUCUGCCUCGAUGCCCUGGGUGUUCUGACCAUUCUAACAUGCUACAGUUUGAAGUAAAGCCCUGAAAAGCCAGAAAGUACCUUUUACUGUUGAUACAAAUUGUAUCUUUUUAACUAUAAGAACUAUUUUGAUUUGUAGAUCUAGUGAAAACACAAAUGUGUAACUAUGAUUAGACUUUUGGGCAACAUUUUAUCCCUUAUUUAAAUACAAAAUUUUAAAGUAAAAUUGAGGUCUAGGAUAGGGUAGAAAAAUAAAAGUAACGAUUUAGGUAAAUAAAAUUGUCUGUCUUAGUUUUAUAGAAUAUAUUAAAAUAUAUUAAAUACAUUUAUUGGCAUUUUCUUUCUCCUAAAACUUAUCUAGUGAGAACUUAAAAAUAAAGGUAAAAUGCUGCCUGAAAAUAAUGUCCAAGCACCUUUGACUAGGAUAACAUUUUCACUACUUGUGUGACACUGUGUGUUGCAUGAAGUAGGAUUUGGGUAUACAGUAAAUGCUUCUAAAAGGCAUUGUGCAUAUUGACAUAUCCAAUAAUCUGAACCGUGUUCAGCAAACUUAAUUCAGGAAAGUGGUGUUCUACACAAUUAUUGCUGUUGUUUUUGAGGUGAGUGUGGCCCUUAUCUGUACCCAGAAACAAUACAGAUGGUGACACAAACCAUCCCGAGUGGUGUCCGGGUGUGACCCUACUCGCUUGUGAAUCUGUUCUCCUUGAUUUCGUCAGUCACUAUCUGUAGAACAAGUUUAAGUGUAGAAGCUAAGUGAGUGCCAAAAAAAAAAAAAAAAAAAAAAAAAGGGUUACAGAUGUGGAGUACCUUUUAUUUUAGUCAUGUUUUAAGCCUUUUUUUUUUAAGUAUGAAAUCCUUUUUAAAUUGUAGAUUUCGCUCGCAUUUUCUUAAUGUUAGCAUUUUCACUAUCUGAAGAGUCUGCCAAACAUUACUAAACUUAUUUAAAUGAGAUCUUCAGCGAAAUGUGUAUCAGACUUUUAGUUUGAUGUUCUCGUGUUUUUAGCAAACUUGUCUGUUAUUGCUUCAUGGAUUUUAGACCAUGGAACAUAGUGUAGCUUGCCACUACCUGUCCUGAAGUGAAUAGCUCUGAAUUGCUCACACUGAAAUCCUUCAGUAUAAUGAAUUGUGAGUUAAGAAAUAGCAGUUUUCUUAUGUCAAGAGGACAGUUUGUCCCCCUCUCUUUUUUCUUUCUUUCUUUCUUUCUUUUUUUUUUUUUUUUUUUUAAGCACCCAUGUUGCUUUCAGAGCUUAAGAAUGAGAUAUUUGGCAGGCUUUAGACACAGCAAAUUCUUCAUUCUCUAAAGCAAUAAGUAAAAGGAUCCACCGUUCAAUUAAAUCCAUAGCUGAUCCCAAACCUUCAUUGUAGCCAAAACUUUCACCUUAAUCCUGUCUUUUACCAGAUUCACUCACAGAUAACUGGAGAGGGAGGAGGUGUUAGUAGAGAAACUGCCCAGAGAAACUGGUCAACCGAUAGGAGAGAAAAAACUCAGAUUGGAUUAUUCUGCCCCCGAAUAGUUGACAGUUGACUGUCCUUUCCCCAGCAAGGAGCCGGUGCACUGUCUCUGUGUCUUACUACAGAGGGAGUAGCAGCCAGCUGGCCAGAUCCUGGCCCUCACGGUUCCCUCCCUGCACGUGACACGUACGUUUCCCAUCUGUUGAUAUCUCUGUAUCCUGAUAGAGUUUGUCAUUGACCUCAACAUUUGAAAGAAAUGCACACCAGUAUAAAAUGUGUGAUACUGGUAGAAACUUGAACUUUGUGCUUUUAUGAAGUUUCCUUGAUGAGAAUAUGUAAUAUAACUUUAAAAAAAAAAGCAUUUUAUAUGUAUAUAUACAUACAUGCCUACGUAUUUGUCAUGAAGUAUUAAAAACAGGAGAGGGUGUUACGCUUUUGGUGGCUGACCUUCCCUUCAUUGAACUAUGUUUGAGUUGUGGAUGACCAAGACUGGAGUCUGGAUGACCAACGAUAAGAUUUUAGAACCACUUGAAUGGAAAGGAACUCUUCGAUGGUUUUAUUCCUGGUAUUUUUAAAGAGUUAUUUUGAUAAUUUUAAUAGAAUGUGUCAUUUUAAAACACACACAAAAAAAGUAGUAUUGAUUAUACAAAUAAUUAUUUAACAUGUCUUUUACGGAUGUAUCUAUGUAUAUGGACAGUAAUAUAUUUAUAAACAAAUAUACUUUGAUUAUGUUGUAGCUAUUAGUUUGUGAUAGGUUAGCUAUGGCUCUGGAUACCUGUGUGUGUGUGUUUUGAAAACUCUUGAGCUGUUCCCCCCCACCCCACCCCUCCCCACCCCCGAUUUACGGGCACUGACCCGAAGGUAUAUUUGUUUUCAUUCUCAUUUUUGCUAUCCGACUUACUUCCUCAAGAUGAGCUUCCUAGGCAUACACCCACAGAUAAAGUGUAAAACCCAUGAACUACACACGUGCAUUAGCAUAAGACAAAGCAGAGCUCGUAGAAGUAGAGAAGCAUGCGAUAUUUCAGAUUGGCCUGCGAGACUCCUAGGGCAGCGGCUGACAGACCUGUUCUGUGAAGGGUCAGGCAUAACCAGUCCGAGCUUUGAGAAGCGUCUGGUCUCUGUCACCUGCUCACCUCUGCACGUAGCACCAGAGCAGCCGCAGACAGGAGGCUGAGUGAGCCAUGUGCAAAGGCCUCUACUCACAGGAACAGGCAGCGGGCCAGCGGGGCUGGUGGUUGGAGUCCUCGCAGCCCUGUCCCGGGGGGGAAAACCCAGGAUUAUUAAGCCCUAAGCCCUGGUACGAACGUGUUCGUAGAAGAACCAAGAACUGUAGUUCGGUUGACAUUCAAAGACCGUGUUAUUAUUUAUUGAUCGCCUUCAAGAGAGGAUUGCGAGACGGUCCUACUAAAGCAUCCUCAUUUACUUGUUUAUUCUAUCCUGUCCAUUACUUACUAGAGAUAUUUCUUAAUGUUAAACUGCACACACGAAAAAAAGCAUUCUGUCGACAGAUGUUUUAAUAAGUAUUGAAAUUUUUUCAUGAACUUUGUAUUUCUAUUGAUAAGAUGGGAAUACCUUACCUACAUUUAGUUUUUUAAGGGCCUCAUGGACCAAAAAUCCUGUUGUAUUUUGAAAAUUAGCAUGUAAUUAGCCACAAAAUAUUUUAUAAAGACUGCAUCUGUCAGUUACAUCUUUCUGGUUUUUUGACUUAAAAAAAAAAAAAGACAGAUGUGCCCUUCUUUAAAAAUGGUUUUAAAGAAGAUAAAUAUAUUGUAAUUUCACAUAUUAUAGCUUUAUUCUGUAAGAUUAAAAAUUGUGACUAGUAUAAUUGUAGCUAUAACGUGCAUUUGCUGUAUUUGUGAUUCUUUAUAAGAAACCAAGUGUAUCCCGGCUUUCUCUGUCCAGACCUUUAGUAUAGAUCUUUUUAGAUGCCUUAGGACGAUCCUUGGUGAAUGAUAUUCUUAACAUAAUCAUGUGUGAUUUUAAAUUCAUUGGAACUACACACUGCUGAGCGUGUUCAUUCACAGUGCUUUAUAAAUUGUGUUAACAUUAUUUCCACAAGAUUAAAUAGUUUUGAACAUCACCAUACACUUUAGAUAUCCUUUCUUUUACAAAUGGAAUACAGCUCUAGCUUUUAACAGUGUUUACUGUUUAAAAGGGUUUUGGUUUCCCCCACCCCCUUAAUGCCAUCUGUUAACCUGCUUUUUACUUUGUUACAGUAACACCGAGAUGUGUUAGGAGUAGCUUUUUCCCUAUGGUCCCUAGUCUUAAGAUUAAAAAACAGUUUAAAGUUUUGACCAUUUGGCAAUUAAACAAUUUUUGAACAGUCUGUGCAUCAUUUAAUUUAGUUUGAUAAAAUGUGUAAAACUUCACUUUUAAACCAUGUACCAAAUCUGCCAGUUGUGUGUAUGAGAUUUCAGAUGAAAAAUUGUUGUCCAUUAAAGCAUUUGACCUCUCUCUUA